CUCUGAACAGGGGGAGAGGGCUCCUGAGCUCUGUCCCUACCUUGGAGCCCCUGCGGCUCUUCCUCCAGCCGUCCCAUAACCCUUCCGCCCUUCCUUUCUCUUCCACAUGCAGGGGGUUUGGAUUCCCACCUUCGGCUCCUUUGACACCGUCUCCAAAGACAUCCGGACCGAGGAUGGGACCGUGACUCUGCGGUGGCCCGUGUUUCACCUGGCCUCAAACCUCAUAGCCACGCACCACCUCAAGCCCCGCAGGGAGUCCCUGCCAGUCCUUAGGAAGAUGGAGCCCAUGAAAUACAGCAAGGCGGCCGCAGCUGCCUCUCUGAGCUGGGCGACACUCAGGACCGGCAUCCAGAGCACCGUGGCCCUGAUCUCCGGCUGUCUGCAGAAUGGGGAGAACGUUGCUGUUGUCCUAAAGGACAUCGGCGUGCUCCUCAUAGACGGACUGACCUUCCAAAUGAAAUUCUUCUUUGACUUCCUGGAGCAGCUGUCAGGGAAAGAGAAAUUCAGAAGAGCUACUUUCAAGGUGAGCUGCAGUUUCUCCAUGGCCCAGGCAGAUCCGUGAGCCUUGCUGUGCCCGCACACGGCCCACCAGGACCUGGCAGCUCCUCGGGCCGUGCAGGUGCUGUGCUGCUGUUAGCUCUCCGUGCCUUGGGCUCCUCGUGUCCCCAGUGCCUCAGCCGUGACAAGGACGUCCCACAUC